CUGUACAGAUAAAUCACAGGAUAAGGAUAUUGGAAGACAACAUGGCGAGUUUAUCUUAAUUUUAUCUUUGGAAUGUGCUGAUGUCUAAUGGUGCAUUCACACCAGACGUGGAAGAGGCGGCAAGCGUUACUGAAAUUGUACAGCGUUUUUUGAGAGAUGGACGGAUUGAUGGAAUCUGAUUUGUCCCUGCUGUCCUCUUCAAAAGAUGAAUUUAAAGUUGAAGAUUAUGUACAGCCUCAUUACAAAGAGGCAUAUCGGUUGGCCAUAGACUGUCUUGUUGAAGGUGGAGAAGUGUCUUAUGAAAAGUUCAUCAAAGAAGAAGGCAUUUGGGGAUUUCUUUCAGAGGAUGAAAUCCACCACAUUAAAGAAAGUGCCGUACAACUGUCCACAGGCAAUCACUCGGAGGAAACAGACUGUACAGACGAUGAGUCGUCCUCUACGGGUACCUACUGGCCCACUCACUCUGACACUGAGCCACCAAACCUAGAUUUAGGCUGGCCUGAGGUCUUGCACGGACGGCUUAAGACCAAUAUAGACCUGCUGUUCCAUCCUCCAAGAGAAAACAGCCCCACCAUCAAGGAAAUGAUCCGCAAACACAUACAGGAUGCCAGACAGGUCAUUGCGAUCACAAUGGACGUUUUUACAGAUGUAGACAUCUUUAAAGAGGUUGUAGAUGCAUCAGUUCGGGGUGUUCCUGUUUACAUUUUACUGGAUCAUAAUCACUUCAAAAGCUUUCUCAAUAUGAUAGAAAAACAGGACGUCCAAAUUCAACAACUUAGAAAUAUGAGGAUACGUACAGUUAAAGGCCAGGAAUACUGCUGCAGAUCUGGGGCAAAGUUCUAUGGAGCAAUGGGGCAGAAAUUUCUCAUUGUUGACUGUAAAACAGUGUUUUUUGGAUCAUACAGCUUCAUGUGGUCUUAUGAGAAGAUGAACCUCAGCAUGGUGCAGGUUAUAACAGGCCAGCUGGUGGCAAAUUACGAUGAGGAAUUUCGGACAUUGUAUGCUCGAUCGACAAUCCCAGCUCCAUUUCAGACUGCCAUUGAAAACCAGUCUGAUGUAAGGCCAAACGGUAAAGCGGAUGGAUACCUCAUUAAUUCCAGCAUCCCCUUUGAAAGAAAAGACCACUUAAGGCACACGCUUGAUGCAGUUUACCGGCAAACCUGCGAAAGGCGUUCAGGAUUUUCACCUUUGAAGGAACAUGAGGAAAGGCAGCUUACUACACCACAAACGCGUCUCCUUCAAGAAGCAUCAGAAUUUUACAAAAGACACAGCUAUGCGGGAGAGCGACAGGAACCUGUAUAUAUUCCACAGUUGUCAAAGUUUGGCUCCAGUAAUUGGAACGUGGCAGCAGCAGCAGCGACCAGCCGUUAUGGUGGUUUUUCUAACAACAUGGACAACCAAUACGAAAGUUACGUCAUUAACCCGAUGUACAGAGGUUCAAACAUGCGCCAGUCUUACCAUGGCCACGACAAACAGAUUCUUAACAUGAGGCAAAAGCUUCCCAGUUUAGCUAGUACGUCCAAGUCUUUCCUUCGUACGUGGAGGAUAGAGUCUUACCUUAACAGCCACAACGAUGCACCCUAUGGGGAGAACUACGAUUAUCUGGACCAACACGAAAUGGAGCAAUAUAAAAUGGGGGCUCCUCAACACUCUCGUAUUAGGUCGUCAGUUGUUUUCACAUCCACCAUACCGGAGCAACCAGAGACAAAUAGCUACUCUAAUAAUUCGAUGUCCUCCAACCACGAUCCAGCACGAAUUCAAUCAUGUACUCAUCACAUUUAUUCUUCAGCCCAGUGGAAUCAGGCAGGUGCAACACAAUAUGAUGACUACAACAUGCAGAGGAAGCGCAACACACCGACUUCAGAACAUUCAGGAACCAGCACAAGUUACUGCUCAGGCAGAGAUGCAAUAUAUGCAAGUCUGAACAGAGCUAAAAACAGACUUCCGAACAAGGAAUGUUACAUCCAGCAAGAGAACUUGUACAAGAGACAUAGUUUGGCUGAGCCCAGGUGCAAUACAUACAGAAGUGACAUGAACGAGCCCUCUAGUCACAUGUAUGCUUCUUUGCCUAGAGGACAAACGGAUAAGGUUUUGGUAAAUGAGAAUCCCAGAAGUGGACGGUACCCACAGAAUCUGAAAGAGGAUCAGAGAUCUGUCUCACAUCAUGAUUUCCAAAAGACAGAUGAGAGCACAACUACCUCAGGAAACAUAUGGCAAGAGCCUCCUUCGAGAACGGUGUCAGCAACAUUACUAGAAAGAGAGGAGAAUCUGCCUAUAAAAACUAAUAGCACAUCAUCGCCACGCUUCUUUAAAAGGAGCACCAGGAAAAUAAAAUCUCUUCUAAACAUCCCGCAGAAGAGGGACAGUUCACCCAAAAGGAAGAAUCCUGCAAGUCUUAAGACUGGUAGCAGCACAGACACAAUUCUUUCCGACGACGAAUCUGUGAGAGACAAGAAACAUCAAAGUAGCACUACUGGUUCCAUCAGAUCGGCUGGAAGCAGCAGAUUCAGGCGCACAAAUGGGAAGAUUCCUAGUAUUGAGAAUCACUCUUCCGCUGUGUUGGGAGAAACCUCUGCACCUCGGUUCAGCACCGAAGAAAUUCACAGCCCAACUACAAGUGAUGUACAGAUUACCAAAACACAGGAGGAAACCUCAGUCAUUACUCAGAAUGUGAGGUCAAACUCAACUCCAACCAGAUCGGAUCUAUUGCCAAAGCAACAAGUGUCAGCAAACAGGCUGUAUAGCAGAUUUGAGCCACUUUGCUCGUUUGAGACGAAGCAUCCAUCAGAAGGUCGUUCUGCCUAUGUGUCUUCAAACAGCAAUGCAACGGUAAAAACGAGAAAUUCUGUGUUUUUGAGAGGAGAAACUUUUAAUAACCAUAAUAGUUACACAAGCCAACAGACACAUGGACAUGACAACAGAUUUGGUCGUUUCAUUCAAAGGGUUGGAAAUAUGAUACACAAGAAAUACUGAUGCGCCAGUGUAAAGUGAAUAAAAUGUUAAAGCUAAAGUGUGUCAUUUCUAGGACCCCUGCAUAACCAAUAGAAUUGCCUGUUGGUUUGAUAAACAAAUGCCCAAAGCAUGCUCCAUUGGUUGAGCCAGUGACUUGUAGUGAUAACAGAGAACACCAGUUAUUGCAGAAAAAAAAUGCUGUGAAACCAGAAAUUGUGUUUAUGAAAAUUCAGCUUCCAAUCAUUUUCCUAUGCACACUCUUAACACACCAUUAUUACGAUGCUUAUGCAUUUACAAUUCCAAAAAGCUACGGCUUUUGCAGCAGACAUAGCUCUCUUAAACAUUUAAAUGUUGUUUUUCAGACAUGAUGUUUCUGCAUGCUGCUUUUUGCAAAAAAAAAUCUAUAGAAAAGCCAUUUUCUAUGGUGCAUGUAAACAAUGUUGCUAUGUUGGGCUGGGUGGGAUGCUCAAAAAGAGCAAUGUUUUGAUACUGUCACAGAGCUACAGUGUUUACACUUUCGAGGUAAUCAACCUGCUGAUGGUUUACUUAUAGUCUGCAUAUCAAUUCAGCAGAGGAAAAUUAUUUUUAUUUUACAAAUUACACACUUAAGCUUUAAAAUUGUAGGACAAUGUUUACUUGAAUGCAUUACUGCUGAUGCCAGUGUUGAAGGUCUGCAUUAUAACCUGUUAAAAGUGCUGCAAGUACUGUUACACUGCCUCUCUCUUGUAGUCAGACUCAAAAUAAAUCCUUCUUUUCAUGAUAUUUGUGCACUAAAAGAGAUGAUGAUGUCUUGAGUGGGGCUAUGGGCAGAUGUAAUGAUAAUAAUUUCGUAAUUUCUCUCACUUGAGUAAUUGUUACUUUGAAAUGUUAACUGUGGAUGAAACCUCCCAUUUUGGUCUGAUUGCAAUUUGUAACAAACCGUUCUUACAAUCAUGAAUUGCACUUCUGUCUGAAGAGCAGCUUCCCCAAAAUAGCACAUCUUGUCAUUGUUAAAGCUGACAUUAAAAAAAUGGAACACAUGCAAGAUAAAUAAAUGUUGGUUAAUGGGAAACUGGUGCUUAGCUAAUCAUUAAAUGUAACAAGCCAUACCAAAAAAAAAAAAACACUGCACUGGCUUUUGCACUUUUUGCAUCUUUAGGUCAACAUGUUGUUUGUCUUCAGAUUGUUUUGAAACUAAAGGUACAUAUUAAAAAAAUAUGAAAAUAUA